UCGCCCCUCCGGCGAACCCGGCCCGGGGCGGCCAGUCGCGGCCCGGAGCUGCGGAGCUUGGCUUCUCUGCCCGCUCGGACGGCGCGCCCGCUCGGCCAUGGAGCAGGGCCCCGACCCCGAGGAGGCGCGCACGGUGCGCGAGGCGCUGGGCCGCUACGAGGCGGCGCUGGAGGGCGCGGUGCGCGCGCUGCACGAGGACAUGCAGGGGCUGCAGCGCGGCGUGGAGCGGCGCGUGGCGGAGGCUCUGCGCCUGGCCGGCCCGCUGGCGCGCACGGUGGCCGAGCUGCAGCGCGACAACCAGCGGCUGCAGGCGCAGCUCGAGCGCUUGACGCGGCAGGUGGAGGCGCUGGGCUUGGCGACCGGGCCGUCCCCCGCGCCCGGAACGCCCGGCUCGCCCGGCUCACCCAGCCCCCCGCCCGCGCCCGGCGUCCCCAGCCGCGCGCCCCGCCUGGGCACCGCGCGCUUCGCCAGCCACGCCACCUUCUCGCUGUCCGGCCGCGGCCAGAGCGUGGAUCACCAGGACGAAGCCAGCGAGGUGGACACAAGAAAGGCCUCAGACUCGUGCAUCGUUGAGAACGGGCACCAGCCUGGGACAGGUCUGGGCGAUGGGUCCCCAGAAGCCGCUGGAUCCUUACCAGCACCAGAGCCCCCCAGGCCUCGCCCCGUGAGCCUCUCCCUGCAGCUGCCUCACCAGCCAGUCACGGCCGUCACUCGGGUCUCAGAGAGGUUUUCAGGGGAGACCUCGGCCGCGGCUCUCUCGCCCACGUCUGCCGCCAUCCUGGGGGGCCCCAGCCCGAGCCCCAGUGAGGCCACCGCACCCUGGACUCCAGGUCCCAGCGAGAAGAGUCCUUCCGCCCCGAGGUUGAGCUCUGGCUAUGGGGCAGCAUCGGCCGGCAGGAGCGACAGCCCACCCCUGGUGACGCCUCCGUCUCCACCAGCCACCGCCCAGGCCCGGCGCCGGGAGCUGGUCAGGUCGCAGACGCUGCCCCGCACAUCCGGGGCGCAGGCCCGGAAGGCCUUGUUUGAGAAGUGGGAGCGCGACACCGCGGGCAAGGGGAAGGGCGAGGUGCGGGCCAAGCUGAAACGGUCGCAGAGCUUCGGUGUGGCCAGUGCCAGCAGCAUCAAGCAGCUCCUGCUGGAGUGGUGCCGGCAGAAGACCCUUGGCUACGAGCACGUGGACCUGCAGAACUUCUCGUCCAGCUGGAGCGACGGCAUGGCCUUCUGCGCCCUGGUGCACUCAUUCUUUCCCGAUGCCUUCGACUACAGCGCCCUGAGCCCCGCGCAGAGGCAGAAGAACUUCGAGCUGGCCUUCACCAUGGCCGAGAAUCUGGCCAACUGUGAGCGCCUCAUCGAGGUGGAGGAUAUGAUGGUGAUGGGCCGCAAGCCGGACCCCAUGUGUGUCUUCACCUACGUCCAGUCUCUGUACAACCACCUGCGUCGCUUCGAAUGAAGCCCGUGGGGGCUGGGUGGCCAGGGCGCAGGCCCGGGAGGACACUGUGGGGCGGCCCCACGGGAGUCGCGUGCAUUCUGGGGUGAGCGCGCCCUGGCCCCUGUGUCACUGAUGCGCCCCCCGCGCGCAGGGGCUCCGAGGAGGAAGGAGCGCGCUCGGUGCUACGUGAUUAUCUCCCUGCAAAUAAAAGGCUUGCCUGUGGAUUCUGGAAUGUGAGAUCCCUUUUCCCUUGGGCGAAUUUGAUACAUUGGCUUCACGGGGUUACACUGGUUACCAAGUGUGUGUGCUCAAAAUACCCAGAGUUUUUUUUUUUUUUUUUUUUUUACUUUCUCACCGUAUCUUGGGUUCCCUUCCGCCGUCCCUGGGGCCUCUGCCGGGAAGCAGGGAGGACGCCCCAGCCCAGCCUGACGCGGAACCGUUCAGUCUCCCCCAGGUCCUGGGCGGCAGAUGACCUUCAAGUUACCCUGGCUGGCUGGGCGGUGGGAAGGCCGUCACCUGGUCCCCAAAGCUCCCUGUCUCGGGAAGUUAACGCUUUGGGGGGAGGACGAGGCCCUUUGUGCAUAGAGGUAGUUUUUAUUCACAUCUUUUUUUAGGGGAUUUGCUGGAGAUAUUUAUGAAAAGUAACUAUGUACCAUUGGCCGUUUGUACAUAAAAAGAUGUGUCAAACUUC